AUGUCAGGCCUCCUCACUAUCCGCGACUUCAUCGCCGAGCUCAACCGCCAGGCCACCGAGCACCAGGGCCGCCGUCUCCGCCUCAUCAAGCAGAUCACCACAGACCCGUCCUAUCAGUCUGAGCUCAAGCGGCUCCAGGAGUCGUGCGGAUGGGACACCUUUCACGGUGGAUCAGAGAGCUGGAGAGUCUUCCUCGAGCCCAAGAACUCUGAAAAUGCCGUCCAAGCCCGCUUCAAUCCUUCGGUGAAUGCGCUCAUGACCCAGGUUCACAUGAACGAGGCGUCCUUGUCGUGCAUCCGAGCCCGGAUUGAAGCCCUCUCGACCUUCCUCCAUCCUGUCCUUCGUCUUCCCUCAGAGGUCCUCGUCCACAUCUUCAAGCUCGGGAGUCGUAUGCCCCAGGAAGACCCUAUCCUCGGUGCCUCCACACAGCGGCCCUUCAUCCUCGUUGCAGCAGCCAUCUGUCGACAUUGGCGCGAGAUCGCAACGACCACACCGGAUCUAUGGACGAACAUCGUGGUGAAACACCCGCGGCCGUACGGGUGGGUCCCCCUGUGUCUCGUCCGCUCUGCAGACCAGCCCAUCGACAUCACCAUCGACUGCCGGUCCACCAACCUCCUCACCGCCACGAUCGUCGACGGGCUCGUGAGCCAGCUCAUGGUGCACAUAUUGCGGUGGCGACGGUUCGCCUUAAACACCACGGAUCCCGCAACGAUCUAUGCUAUCGGCCAUCGGCUCCGGGAGGCGCGAGCUCCCUCAUUGCGGCACUUACAGCUUUCUCUGAGUGGUUCGUCGGGCAACCAGGAGGUGCUCCUGCCGGAGAUCCUGCAAGGCGGCGCGGAGGCGCUGACCUCCGUCCGGUACGAUUCCCUCUGCACCCCAUGGAAUUCCCGUCCGCUAGUCAACUUGACCAUGCUCGACCUUCGAUGGUUGUGGCUUCAAACCCGCCUGCAGUACGAGCAGUUCGCAAAGCUGCUCGCCGCGUCACCGUCCAUCACUGCGCUCGUCCUCCGCGGCACCUAUAUCCACCUCCAUUCAGGCCGCCAGUACCCACCCUUGUCAAUACCCACCCUUCGAUACCUCGAAGUCUCUGGGGACAACGUCUGUCGAAUGUCCUCCAUCUUAGAAACGCCGAACCUCGUGGAGCUCACACUCGCCAACCUGGACGAGACCGAGUUCCGCGAGUUCGUCGCCUCCCUCCCCGUCCCUGGGGAAACCACGAUCACCGGAAACAUCCUCGGCCCUCGAUACCCACGGCUUCACUCGCUGUCCCUCCUCAACGCCAGCAUGUGCACCCCCACGCGCCGCUUCACCCGCGCUCUGCCCACCGUCACCCAUCUCACGGUCAUCAACUCGGCCACCGCGAAGUUCCUCCAGCUUUUCCGCGAAGAUCUCGCGGAGCGGACGACGUACGGCCUCAGCUGGCCGAACCUGCGCAAGUUCACUUUCAUCGACGAGGUCGACUACUUCCACCUCUACGGCGUGAUCAGGGAGCGCGCCGCCGCCGGGGCCCCGCUCCAGCGACUCGUCUUCAACUCUCCCUUCAUCCACGACGACAACCUCGUCGUCUCUCUCGAAGAGCUCGUCAAAGUCGACAUUGUCAAGGACGUCGAUCUGGAUCAUUGA